AAUCGUCAUGACGGUCUGGGCUGGAUGGAGAAGAAAAAGGAAAGGGACCGACUCCAACUAGAGAAGACGUUGCCUGAUGUAACUAUGAUGUACAAGAGAUGGCAACAUACGCAACAAGAAAGAUACCAUGACAGACGCCUGAAUAUACUUUAUCUUGGCUUUCCAUCAAGAACUGAUGAAUAUAUUACUACAAGCCAAAAGAGAGUCUCUCAUUGACAUUAAAGAGUUGGAUUUUCUACUUCCCAAAACCCCUCGGGUUUCUACAUUCUAUGGAUUGCCCAAGGUACACAAGGGCUUGGACCCACUGAAAUGCAGACCAAUAGUAUCGGGCAUCGGGAAUUUGACCCAAAAUGUGGGCAUCUAUCUGGAUGAAAUCUUACGCCCUUUUGUAAUUAGUCUUCCAUCGUAUUUACGAGAUACAAUGGACCUGCUUCUGAAGGUUCAGGACAUCACCUUAGAGAGAGAUAGCUUCCUAUGUUCAAUCGAUGUGGAAGCUUUAUAUAGCUCAAUCCCCCAUGAUUUUGGAAUUAAAGCGGUAGCCCACUUCUUGCGCAGUCGUAGCACACAUUUUCAUCCUCACAAUCAAUUUGUUUUGACCUUAUUAGAAUUCAUUCUCACUCGGAAUUAUUUUACUUUUAAUUCCCGUUUCUUCCACCAGCUCAGGGGCACGGCCAUGGGCAGCCCAGUGGCGCCCACCUAUGCCAACUUGCUCCUGGGCUGGUGGGAGGAAGUAUUUGUUUUUGGGGAGAGUGGUUUUGAGUUCUUUCAACACAUUUCUUUUUGGGGCCGCUACAUCGACGAUGUGGCGGUCAUUUGGACAGGUACACAAUUAGGUUUUGAAGAAUUUGUUUCCACACUUAAUCAGAAUCCGAUCGGACUCAAGUUUACAUUUGAGAUCCACAGAGACUCCUUGGUCUUCCUUGACGUCCUCCUCAAACGAGGGGAAACAAGCUUGGUGGAGACAACUAUCUAUCGGAAGCCAACGGCGGGGAACAACCUUCUAAACUGGAAAAGCCAUCAUCCAUAUGCCCUUAAAAAAGGCAUACCGAAAGGACAGUAUUUACGAGUUAAAAGAAAUUGUUCUUCACCUGCUAGUUUCCAUUCGGAGGCUAACGAACUGCGCAAGAGGUUCAAACUUAGGGGCUACCCUGAUAGGAUCCUCAAACAGGCCUAUGUUCAGACCAAAGAUCUGGAUAGGGUUACUUUAUUACGAUCAAAACCCAGAGAUCAAGACCAAAAUCCCCCUCCAAUUCGUAUAGUGGGGACUUUUGACGCGGCGGCACGGGAGGUCCGUAACGUCAUUUCUAACCAUUGGUCUAUUUUAAAAACUGACCCAAUAAUUGGUCCACUGAUUGAGGACCGCCCGAUGAUUACAUACAGGAGGGGCAAAAAUUUGGGGGACCAUCUGGUACACAGUUUGUACACCCCCCCCCAGACCCCCCGGUACGUGGCUGGACCGCAAGAUCUGUGGUACCUACAAAUGCGGCACAUGCAAAGCGUGUAGGUAUGUACGGGUAUCUAAGACGUUCCAAUGCUAUAAGGACCAAAAAACAUACAAAUGUUACAAUUAUGCCAACUGCAAGACAACUCGAGUUAUCUACUUAGCCAGCUGCCCCUGCCCCUUGGGCUAUGUGGGAAAGACGAAGAGAGAACUAAGACGCCGAAUUCUUGAACAUAUUAAUGAUAUCAAACACAAGAAGGAGAAACCUGUGGCACUCCAUAUGAAUCAAAAGCAUUCGGCUGAUCCCCUGAAGAUUAGCUUCCAGGCUAUAGAAGUACUCAAACAUGAUGUCAGGGGAGGUGACGUCGAUAAGAGGCUAUUACAAGUAGAGGCCAGGUGGAUCUACCGUCUUCGGACGGUAACUCCACAUGGCCUAAAUGAGCAGAUAUCGUUUUGCUCGUUUAUAUAACCCAUGGGAUUUUUUAUUUCUUUUUUAUUUCAUUUUUGGAGAAGGCCAAUGCUUUGAUUUGUUCAAAUUUUCCUGUGUUAUCAUAGAUCACUGACUUUGUCAGUGAAUCUAUGACGUUUGCUUGACCACCAAGGAGUUUCCUUGUAGAUGCCUUAUGUAACCAGAUUCUUGUCUACCUUUGGUAAUAAUCUAUUCGACUAUAGCCUAAUAUAAUUAUCAGGUUCAUCUUGAAUUACCUGCAUUUAUAAUAAUCUUUAUUUUUUGGUAGUGGUACUACCAUGUAUUUUUUUACCAUCUAAUUGACAGUUGAGUGAGCAUGAUUUACCAUGUAGCUUUGGAGUUGAGUUCACAUCACGAUGCAUUAUAUCUUUGGAGUUAUUCAUUAAUUAUUAUUACUUGUUACUUUAUAGCUCUCAUCACUUUGCAUUAUACUUAAGUACCUUAACAUAUGUAAUUACACUAAGGUUAUAUUGAGAUGCGCCCUUAUUAAGCCACCAUUAUUUUUAGCAUCGCCUAUAUAGAAGUAUUCUAUCAUCGGGCGCAUGCGCACAAGUGUGGCUAUCGCUUUAAUUAUCAGAUUGAUAAUAUUGAUAGUUAA